CAGAGAGAGAGAGAGAGAGAAGAGAACAGGGAAUAAGGAAAAGAAACAGAAGAGAGAGGCGGAAAGUUGUUACUCAGAACAAAACAAGUGGAAGGUAUCAAGUGCUCAACAAACCAAGAGAGGCCAACACCUUAUGAAAUGAAUAUCUAAAAGCAUCAAAAGAGCAUUCUACCUGCAACCACUCUUUAGCUGGAGACCGAAACGCAAGACACACCUAAAGAAUAGUUUCUCCCUUCCUUGUGAUAAAGGGGAGUCGCUCACUUUCGUCUAUACUGAUUUCCAAUUUCCAUGCGAUGUGAUGUUAGCAUCUGAUUUCGCAACCCGCCGUCCACCUUGAUAGUCUGCAAGACUUGAUGUCCGUCUACACAAGCGCGUAAUACACAAGCGCGUCCUCUCCUUCCCUCUCUAUUCUGCUUCACCGCCAAAAGUACAGAACCUUCUCCCUCCUUCUCUGCUUCACUUCCAGCCACCUCUGAAUCUCACUAUCUCGCUCUUUGCGUUUGAAUUUCCCACGGGUAAUCUCAUCGGCCACCAAAGACUUCAAUUUCUCAAUCAAUUUUACAUUCGGAGGUCAAUUUCUCCAUCAAUUUUACAUUUGGUUCGGCUCUAGGGUUAGGGUUUUGGUUUUGUGCAUUUGCGUUUUGUGGCUUUAAAGACGGGUUUUGUAGUGAUGGAGGAGCAAUUCGUACUCAGAGUCCCACCUUCAGUUGCAGAGAGAUUAGAUCAUCUUCUCAGCGAGAAUGCUUCUUCAGACGACAAGUCGUUGGAUUUGUCUUUCGAAGAGGAUGGCCGGAGUGGAACAUUUGUAAUUGGCAAUGACCGGUUCCCUGCAUCGCUCUUGGAUCUUCCUACUGUUGUGGAAUCCUACAAAACGUAUGAUGAUAGUGUGUUAAUUAAGACUGCAGAUAUUGGUCAGAUGAUUAUGGUUAGAGAUCCAAAUGAUCCUGCUCCAGAUACAGUUGAGUACAGGCAUGGUCUCACCCCUCCGAUGAGGGAUGCUCGAAAGCGAAGAUUUCGCAGGGAGCCUGAUCUAAAUCCCGAGCUUGUCCAGCGUGUUGAGCAAGAUCUGCUGAACAUUAGUGCUGGUGGACCAGCUGACAAUGUGGAUAUUGAAGUAGCUGAGCAAGAGAAAAAUCGAGAUGGCAAGGCUGGUAAUACAAGUAAAAACCCUGCACCAGCACCUGAAUCAAAAAAUGAUAUUCCUGAGGCUGCUACAAACACAGGGGAGCCUGAUGGAGAGCCUGAUAGAAGUGAUUCGGAUGAAUCUGACGAUUCAAUUUGAAGCAAGCCCUUGUGCUGAUAUCGUUUCCCCGUCAAGCUUCUUGAUGAAGUUAAGAUGUGCAUAUCGAAAAGAACAGGGAUGAAAGCUUGUUUUCUGAAUGAUAGCAUAAAUUUAUGUUGUGUUGAUAACAUUAACAUGUAUACUAACAUUAUUUUUGAUCUCCUCCUAGUCGGUUUGCCAGUUCUGAAUAUCCUCAGGAUUCUCAAAGAACUUGUAUAAUUUGGUAGUAUAUAGUGGAAAACUUGUCUACAAGUUUGUACUUUUGCAAAGCUAUGCCAAGUUUCAUUUCUUCGUUCCAAAGGCAUUUAUAGGCUGUGGUAUUGUCUUUUUUGAAGUGUUGCUUGAAUGUUUGGGC